AUGCAAGAAGACAUAACACUGUCAGCGCAAUUCAAGCGAGCUUUGGCUACGGCGUCGGAGGCCUUCAACCUACCCACGAUUGAGGACAAAACACAGGACUUGAUUCGAUCCGCGCUUGCAGACCUUCGACAUGUGGACGCGCGGGCGAGCAGUCUGUCGCUAUUCAGCGCGAAUGAGACGUUGGAGGAUAUCUCAACCCGCGAUUUGGCGUAUCUGUUCGUUCCCUAUGUGAUCACGGAGGUGCAGGGUCGCGUUAGGACGUUGGAUAUGGAGGAGAGGCUCGCGCAGUUGCUGCAAGCUCAGAGGCACCUACGGACGUUUUUGACAAACUUGGAGAACUAUCAUAUCAUAACGGAGGUUGAGCUGGCCGCCUACGAGAAGUCGGCUGCCAUGAUGGCCAACGCGGCCCAGAGACGUGAAGCAAAGAUACAACAGUACAGACGCGAGAAAGAACUCAGGGGAAAGAUCGAAGCAAGUCCUUCACCCUCGUUCCCUCUAUGCGACCGCACCCCCAACGACUUUGACUUGAUCACCUCUCUCUUAUCCCGCGGUUCGGAAGACGCGGGCAACAGCGAUGAUGAAGACGACGUGGAGGACGCUCUCCGCGAAGUGACUUUGCUCCUCCUCCGGCUGAUCUACGCCCAAGCCCGCCAACAGAACGAAAAUCUGACCCAGGAGCUGGAACUUGUACGGAAUGCAUUGGCGCAGAAGUCAGCCUCGAAAGAAGGCGAAGAGGAUGGUCGGAGGAAACAGGAGGAGGACGCGUGGCGGCUGGACUCUGUACCCAGAGGUGGUCCAGAUGGACGAGGACCGUUAUUGGAUUCAAGCGGUAGACCUCUGCGACCGUUCACGAUUCUGCCCUCCAAUGCCGCUGAACGUGCGCGACUCCAAGCCGAAGUGUUUGGCCCAGAUCACCGUCUGCCGACUAUGACCGUCGACGAGUAUCUUGAGAUCGAACGUCAGCGCGGAAAUGUUAUCACCGGCGGAGGACCACAGUCGGCUGAGAAACUGACUACAUCCGAACAGCUUGCCUUGGAUGCGGAGAUGGAUGGCACUGUUUUCGGGGAACAGAAAGUGGAAGAGAAGAGGCAGAAAGACGAGAAAUGGGCGCAGUACACGGACACCCAUCCGAAGGGAGCUGGUAAUACCAUGAACAGGGGAUAA